AUGGCAAACGACGGGACGAAGACGCAGACACAGACGCACGUACCAGCCUGGAAGAGACUGGGCCUGAAGCUCAAAUACGCCAGCGAGGACGUCGGCGAGAAUGCUACCGCUACUGCUGAUACUACUGCUGCUGCUGCUGCUCCCGCGGACUCGAUAGAGGAGGCAAAGGGCGCCGACACCGACAAAAAGAAAGACAAGAAGAAGAGGAAGAAGAAUGCAUCUGAGGAUGGAGAAGGGUCGCAUGCUGCUGCUACAGGAACGGAGGAGACGGGCAACAACAAGAAGAGACGACUGGAAAAUGGGGUAGCUGCUGGAGUCUCGCCAGGGGAGGAGAAGCAGGAGCAGAAGCAAGAGUUGCAUGACGGGGAUGGUGAUGGAAAGGCGCAGUCUGGUGACAAGGAACAACAGAAUGGCGAUGAGGAUAUGGACGAGGAAGAGAGGAAGAAAGAAGAAAUAAGACAGAAGAAAAGGGAGAAGAAGAGGAAGAAGCGCCAGGAAGCGAAAGCGAGACAGCAAUCGUCUCAGAACAACUCCAACGCCGCGACCUCCGUCGAUGACUCUCCUAUCCUCUCCUACCUCACCCGCUUCUACGAGGACCGUUCUUCGUGGAAGUUUCAGAAGAACCGAGAAUCCCACCUGCUCAAGCAUGCACUUUCUCUCGAGAGGGUUCCUGUGCGAUUCAAUACCCCAUUACUGGUCUACCUGCAAGGCUUGAGAAGCGAAGGCGCAAAGCAGAGGCUACGGCAGGCUGCGGAGGAGGUAGUUAGCGCCGAUGAUGAUCAAUGGAAGUUAGAAGUGGCGAAUAUCGACGACGACGAUGAUGAUAACGGUCAUGGGGAAUCGGAACAAAAUAACAACAACUCGCCUACUUCGGGGACAUCGGGAGAGAAGUAUAGGGAAGCUGUCGAGGCAUUCAGGGCCAGAUUGGCAGCAGGUGAUAAAGACCUCGAAAAUGGAAGUACCUUGGAGGGUGCGGAUGCAGACACUCAAAAGAGGCUGGAGAGGAGGCAGCGCGCUGAACUGAUCUUGUGGGCUAUCAACGGCAAGGCAUCAUCGCCGACCGAGACAAAAGCGACAUCACCCAAAGUGGAAAAUUCAUCGGCGAAAGCUGAUGGCAAGAAUGUGGGCAAGAAUAAUGAUAACAAGAAGAAUACACCUACAACUGCGCCGAAGAAGAAGAGGAAGAACCGCACAGCUGUGGUGGAGAUAUCCAGUAGUAGCAGUGACAGCGACAGCGAUAGCGAUAGCUAG